AUGAAAGUUUUUGCUUCGGAAUGUACAUUUGAUUAUUCCUGGGAGGAAGUCUCUACAGCAAACUGGCAGAAAUAUUGUCCGUGGAACAAUAAAUCCACUCAUGUUGUCGCUGUUGAUGUACUAUCGCGCACGCUGGAUCCUACAUCUGGAAUACUACGGACAGAACGUUUAAUCACCUGCAACCAGUCUGCUCCACAAUGGAUACUAAAUCUUUUUGGGGGCUCUUCGACAUCACAUGUAUACGAAGUCUCCUAUGUUGAUGCUGCUGCCAAAAAAGUUACAAUGUCUUCCUCAAAUCUCACAUGGUCAAACGUCCUUAAUGUCAAAGAGACUGUUACCUACCAGCCCUCUAAAUUAAGGCCGACAAUAAAAACGGAUUUCAAACAGGAUGCUCAGAUCACCGCCGUUUGCGGCGGCUGGCAAAAAGUCAAGAACAAGAUAGAAGAGCUUAGCAUUGAGACCUUUAGUCAGAAUGCUAAGAAAGGGCGAGAAGGGUUUGAAACAGUUCUCGAAAUGAGUCGAAGGGUAUUCAGGGAGCAAAGGGAAAUGGAACUUCUACGGAAUACUCAUCAAUAA